AAUACAAAAGAGGAAAUAUAUUUUAUUUUAAAAAAGCCGGGAAUCACCGGCGUUGUUUUUUCGUCGACGAUUUUUCUGAGAUUAAACAUCCGAAAGAGAGAGAGAGAGAGAGAGAGAUUCCAUCUCGAAGAUUAUCGCCAUGGAAGAAUUUCUAAAGGAGUUUGGAGAUUAUUAUGGAUACCCAGAUGGUCCUAAGAGCAUCACUGAGAUCCGCGAGACUGAGUUCAAGAGAUUAGACCAAGGUGUUGUGUAUUUGGAUCAUGCUGGUUCUACUUUGUAUUCUGAGUUGCAGAUGGAAAAUAUAUUCAACGACUUUACAAGCAGUGUUUAUGGAAAUCCACAUAGUCAAAGUGAUAUCAGUUCAGCGACCAGUGAAAUUAUAGCUGAUGCUCGGCGUCAGGUACUUGAAUACUUCAAUGCAUCUCCUGAAGACUACAGCUGCGUAUUCACGUCCGGAGCCACAGCAGCGCUGAAGAUUGUCGGGGAGACAUUUCCGUGGACUCAGGACAGCAAUUUUGUGUAUACCAUGGAGAACCACAACAGUGUACUUGGUAUUAGGGAAUAUGCGUUGGGUAAAGGUGCUUCCGCAUGUGCAGUGGAUAUUGAAGAGGCAGCUAACCAGCCCGGUCAGCUAGCAAGUUCAGGACCAUUUAUCAAGGUAAAGUCUCGUGCUGUGCAGACGAGAAACACUUCUAAACUCCAAAACGAAGAGUCAAGAGGAGAUGCCUGUAAUCUAUUUGCCUUCCCUUCGGAGUGCAAUUUUACCGGCUUGAGGUUCAACCUCGAUCUGGUGAACUUGAUUAAAGAAAAUAAUGAAGCUACCCUUGAAGGCACUCCCUUUGCCAAGAGCAAGCGGUGGAUGGUUUUGAUUGAUGCUGCAAAAGGCUGUGCUACACAACCACCUAAUUUAUCGGAGUUCCCUGCAGAUUUUGUUGUUUUGUCAUUCUACAAGUUGUUUGGUUAUCCUACUGGGCUUGGUGCUCUCCUUGUACGGAAUGAUGCUGCCAAAUUGCUUAAAAAGACUUACUUCAGUGGAGGAACGGUUGCUGCUGCAAUUGCUGACAUUGACUUUGUUAAAAGGAGAGAAAGGGUGGAGGAGUUUUUUGAGGAUGGUUCUGCUUCGUUCUUGAGCAUAGCAGCCAUCCGCCAUGGCUUCAGAUUACUCAAGUCCCUUACUACUUCAGCAAUUUGGAUGCACACAACAUCACUUUCCAUGUACGUGAAGAAGAAACUUCAGGCAUUAAGACAUGGAAACGGAGCUGGUGUAUGUGUUGUGUAUGGCAGCGAAAAUCUGAACUUAUCUUCACAUAAAUCAGGCCCAACGGUUACAUUCAACUUGAAGAGACCUGAUGGCUCUUGGUUUGGCUACCUGGAGGUGGAAAAGCUUGCUUCUCUAUCUGGAAUUCAGUUACGGACAGGAUGCUUCUGCAAUCCUGGUGCAUGUGCAAAGUAUCUCGACUUGUCGCAUUCUGAUUUACUGUCUAAUGUUGAGGCUGGGCAUGUUUGCUGGGAUGACAAUGAUGUGAUAAACGGAAAACCAACAGGAGCUGUUAGAGUUUCGUUUGGUUAUAUGUCAACCUUUGAAGAGGCCAAGAAAUUUAUUGAUUUUAUCGUAAGUUCAUUUGUUUCACCUCCAACGAAGAUUGGGAAUGGAAUUGCCGUCAAUGGAAGGUUUGCUCAACUUUCUAGUGAAGAACUUGAAAGUAAAGAAUCCAAUCCAGGCUACUACCUUAAAUCAGUUACCAUAUAUCCAAUCAAGUCGUGUGCUGGAUUUUCUGUAAAUCGUUGGCCACUUUGCAGAACAGGCCUGUUGCAUGAUCGGGAAUGGAUGAUUCAGGGUCUGACGGGUGAACUUAUUACCCAAAAGAAGGUGCCUGAGAUGUCUCUUAUUAGCACCCUUAUCGACCUUGAGGAAGGAUUAUUGGUUGUAGAAUCGUCUCGCUGCGAAGACAAGUUGUACAUCAAAAUCAAGUCUAGUUCAUAUAAUCCAAGGAGCGAUGAGUUUGAUUCACAUGACAACAUGUAUGCAUUGCUUCCUCUCUCUUACUUCAGCUGUUUUAAUUGGAUAAAUCUGACUACAAGUUUGAACUUUGGGUGCAGACUUGAAAAUCAUAACGAGGAAUCAAGAAUCAAUCGUUGGUUCACCAGUGCCAUUGGUCGGCAAUGCAAAUUGUUACAGUACUCUAGCUCAACUUCCAAACAGUGCCUGAACAGAAACAAGAGUCCUGGGUUGUGCAGAGUUUUGGAAAGCAAUAUCAACUUUGCUAACGAAGCUCAGUUCUUGUUGAUCUCCGAGGAGAGUGUUGCUGAUCUGAACAGAAGAUUAGAAGCAAAAGGCAAGGAUUCCAACCGAGAUCUUGAGAAACUAAAUCCACAUAGGUUUAGACCAAAUCUGGUUAUAGCCGGAGGUGAACCAUACGCAGAAGAUAAAUGGAGAACUCUCAAGAUAGGAGACGGUAGUUUCACGUCGUUGGGCGGUUGUAAUCGGUGCCAGAUGAUAAACAUAAGUAACGAAAGUGGACAAGUGAAGAAAUCCAACGAGCCCUUGACAACAUUAGCUUCAUAUAGGAGAGUAAAGGGAAAGAUCUUGUUUGGAACUCUUCUGAGAUAUGAGCAUGAUGCAAAAGUAGAGUCUUGGAUUCGAGUUGGGGAAGCAGUAAAUCCAGAUAGAGAAUAGGUUCAAGCUUGAACCUUCAUUCAUGUGUUUGUGUGUGUGUAUACCAAUAAUUGCAUAAAAAAAACUAGAAAACCACAGGAAGACAACAUGCAUUUCAGAAAAUAUGUUACUUGAUUUGUAUACCCAUUGUAUGUUCAACUUUCUAAAAAAAAUAAAAUAAAUAAAUUCCGAGUAAAA